AGAUGUGCAAGAUGCAAUGAAUAGGCUUCAGAAAAAAUAUAAUGGUUAUUCCUGGAACGGUAAAAUUAAGGUGUAUAACCCAUAUAGCAUUUGCAGUUUUUUUGAGAGUUCUGAAUAUGAAAACUUUUGGAUUCAAAAAGGGAAAACCAAAUUUUUAGCUAGAUUGAUUAAUAUGGAACAUGUCAAGAAUAUCGUAGAUGAAAUCACAAUAAAAAAGAGAUUAGUUGUACCUGUUGAUGUUGACGACAUACAAAAAUCAUCCGAUCUUCCCGUGUCAUUACUAUUCCAAACUGGUUAUUUGACUAUUAAGCAACAGAAAACAGAUGAUGAUGGUGAACAAUGUUUGGUUCUCGAGAUUCCAAAUGCCGAAGUGAAAGAGUCCCUGAUGAGCGAGCUCUGGGCUAGUUUAAAUGAGACUUCAAUAGAAAUUGCAUGCAAACGAAUUGGACUACUCGCAAAACUUCUUAAGGAUGAUAAUAUAAUAGCAUUUUUGAAAGAGUUUAAUAACGAUUUAGCCUCCAUUCCCUAUUUUGAAAGCCAACAUGCAGGAAAAUACGAAGGAUAUUACCAUUCACACAUUCAUAUGUUAGUUCGUUAUAUCGGACUGCCAUUUCGAAGUGAAGAUGCUACAAGUGAAG